AUGACCAAGUGGAGCAGCGACUAUGUGGAGACUCAUGUGAUCUGGUUCACCAAGUUAUGGCUGCAGUGUGCUCACCAGGACAGGAGAGAGCUCAGCAGGACAGGAGAGAGCUCAGCAGGACAGGAGAGAGCUCAGCAGAACAGGAGAGAGCUCAGCAGGAUAGCAGAGAGCUCACCAGGACAGCAGAGAGCUCACCAGGACAGCAGAGAGCUCACCAGGACAGCAGAGAGCUCAGCAGGACAGCAGAGAGCUCAGCAGGACAGCAGAGAGCUCACCGGGACAGCAGAGAGCUCAGCGGGACAGCAGAGAGCUCAGCGGGACAGCAGAGAGCUCACCAGGACAGCAGAGAGCUCAGCAGGACAGCAGAGAGCUCAGCGGGACAGCAGAGAGCUCAGCGGGACAGCAGAGAGCUCAGCAGGACAUCAGAGAGCUCAGCAGGACAGCAGAGAGCUCACCAGGACAGCAGAGAGCUCAGCAGGACAGCAGAGAGCUCAGCAGGACAGCAGAGAGCUCAGCAGGACAGCAGAGACCUCAGCAGGACAGCAGAGAGCUCAGCAGAACAGCAGAGAGCUCAGCAGGACAUCAGAGAGCUCAGCAGGACAGCAGAGAGCUCAGCAGGACAGCAGAGAGCUCAGCAGGACAGCAGAGAGCUCAGCAGGACAGCAGAGAGCUCAGCAGGACAGCAGAGAGCUCAGCAGGACAGCAGAGAGCUCAGCAGAACAGCAGAGAGCUCAGCAGGACAGCAGAGAGCUCAGCAGGACAGCAGAGAGCUCAGCAGAACAGCAGAGAGCUCAGCAGGACAGCAGAGAGCUCAGCAGAACAGCAGAGAGCUCAGCAGGACAGCAGAGAGCUCAGCAGGACAGCAGAGAGCUCAGCAGGACUGACAGCAGAGAGCUCAGCAGAGGAAGGGCUGCCACAGUGGGCACAACCGGCAAAUCCUGCCGGAAAAACCCACCCAAACAUAAGCCUGAGAGCCGUCAUGCCAGUACUGAGCGUGACAGAGCCAGUACUGAGCGUGACCGAGCCAGUACUGAGCGUGACAGUGCCAGUACUGAGCGUGACCGAGCCAGUACUGAGCGUGACAGUGCCAGUACUGAGCGUGACAGAGCCAGUACUGAGCGUGACAGUGCCAGUACUGAGCGUGACAGAGCCAGUACUGAGCGUGACAGUGCCAGUACUGAGCGUGACAGAGCCAGUACUGAGCGUGACAGUGCCAGUACUGAGCGUGACAGAGCCAGUACUGAGCGUGACAGUGCCAGUACUGAGCGUGACAGAGCCAGUACUGAGCGUGACAGUGCCAGUACUGAGCGUGACAGAGCCAGUACUGAGCGUGACAGUGCCAGUACUGAGCGUGACAGUGCCAGUACUGAGCGUGACAGAGCCAGUACUGAGCGUGACAGUGCCAGUACUGAGCGUGACAGAGCCAGUUCUGAGCGUGACAGUGCCAGUACUGAGCGUGACAGUGUCAGAGAGGUGUCUGACGGCUCAUCUAGACGGAUUCUUCAGCAUCUAGACGGAUUCUUCAGCAUCCAGACGGAUUCUCCAGCAUCCAGACGGAUUCUCCAGCAUCCAGACGGAUUCUUCAGCAUCCAGACGGAUUCUCCAGCAUCCAGACGGAUUCUUCAGCAUCCAGACGGAUUCUCCAGCAUCCAGACGGAUUCUCCAACAUCAAGACGGAUUCUCCAACAUCAAGACGGAUUUUCCAGCAUCAAGACGGAUUCUCCAGCAUCAAGACGGAUUCUCCAACAUCAAGACGGAUUCUCCAGCAUCAAGACGGAUUCUCCAAGCAUCCAGACGGAUUCUCCAGCAUCCAGACGGAUUCAGCCAAGGGAAAUCCUGCCACAAAUCGGCCACUAA